AGCUCAUUUGUAAACACAUCUUCUUGGGAUCAGCUGCUUGAGUGCUAUCCUCCUGGCAGUACUAACCCAAAGCGUGUGACAGCAUGGUGAACAAGAUAUACUGGAUUAUUAAAGUGUGGAGUGUUUGGCACAUUUGUCUGUUUCAAUGGAGUUCUUGUGUCAAGUGUCCCAUACCUUGCAACUGCAAAACAGGAACAUUUGAGAGGGUAGCCAACUGUAGUGGGCUGAAAGUGAGUUCUGAGGCAAUAGAAACCAUGUUUACAGAUCUUCCACCUCAGACAACGAAUCUGUACAUCUACAACAUGGACAUCGACGGGUUUCCGGAGCACCAACAAUUAACGUCUCCUGCACUGAGAACACUAUAUAUCAAAUCCGGAAGGUUGCACUCUCUACGUCAAGGCCUACGGUUUCUAUCUGCGACAGUUAAAGCAAAUUUAGCGGUUGUGAAUCUUUCCGGAAACAAACUGACGGUUCUCCUUCCUGACGACUUCCUCAACUUCACAAAUCUGGACACGUUAGACUUGAGCAAUAACAGACUGGAUAAAAUAUAUUCCAAUGCCUUUGCGGAUUUACCAACACUUCAAGAACUUGACCUGUCGAAUAACCCGAUCUCAAACCAACUGAGAAAUCACAAAAUAUUCAAUGGCCUUCACAAUCUAGUGACCCUGAAACUAAGGAAUUGUUCCUUGUCCUCAGUCCACGAAAGAGCGUUUUCCCAACUGCGCAAUCUUGAAUACUUAGAUUUGGAGCAAAAUGCAUUCCAGGCUCUUCCAGUGAUGGCACUGAACAAGAUUCCCAAACUCAGAGGGCUAUAUGCGCGGUAUAACGACGUCCGAGAGUUGCAUGACACCACAGCCAGCCUUAGAAGCCUUGCGUACCUAUAUUUAUCUCACAACAACAUAUCAAUAAUUCAUCCGUCAGCUUUAAGUGGUUUAGAGAAACUGAGAGAAAUUUAUAUAGAAGGGAACAUGUUAAAGACACUCCCCCAUCAACUUCAGAUGACAUUUCACUACCUGGACAAAGUGAACCUGCUUGACAACCCCUGGCAGUGUGACUGUGGAUUGGUCUGGCUGAGGAAUUGGUACGAUAACAAAUCCUCCAGUUACUCAAGCCCGGUCUGCGAGUGGCCAGCUCACAUCGCCAUCCGAGACAUUCAUCCACAGGAUAUGCGCUGUCCAUUAAAUAACGUCUCCCUGCAUGUGGCAUGUCACGUGACCUCCUGGUCAGGAGGGGAUGAGUGUCCACUGUGUCCAGCGUUCAGCAAAGUGGACAAAGACAAUUCUUGUGCAUGUCUCCCUGGGUACACGCACAACCACACCGACGUCUGUAGUCCAUGUCCACUGGGCUUCUACAAAGCAAGCUCUGGCCCCGGUCCCUGUGUGCCAUGUGAUGAAAGGUCAAGUACUAUUACUUCCGGGUCAGUCACGUGUGUUUGUGCACCAGGCUGGACAAUGCGCCGGGGCAGAUGUCGAGAGUGCCCGGAAAAUACGUACAAGUCUCAGUUCGGGCUCCACGCAUGCGUACCCUGUCAGGAGCACGCCUUUAGCCCAGAGGGCAGCACCGGACAGGAAAUGUGUCAGUGUCUUGAUGACGCAGGCAGACCGAUCAAGGACGUCACGACGUGCAAGGCGCCACUACGACCAUACCGAGUCACAGUGCACGUACCUGCGAAAGAGGAGCCAGCUGAGCACGACAGCCCCAAUUCAAUCCUCCCGAAAGUGUAUGUACCUAUGGGCGUGGCCUCUUUCUUGUCCGCCACCUGCAUCGUCAUCGUCAUCGCGGUCUGCUGUCGUCGUCGUCGGUCCAGAUACUCGCAGCUAUUCUUUUCAUCACGGAAAAAGGGAGUGAAGAUAAUACACGCAUCGCCAGACGAGUGCAGAUUUACAGAUGGGAAAUAUUUCUCCUUCGAGGGGAGGUAUGCCGAAUGGUCUCAUAUUACCGUAAAGCGCCUUAAAAUUGGACGUCUUCUUGGAAGAGGUGCAUUUGGAAACGUCCAUGAAGGUUUUGCUUAUGGUACCGGAAUAGCAGACAAUCGUCCCCUGCGAGUAGCCAUCAAACGCCUCAAGGACAGCGCGUCAGAUGAGGAAAGACAAGCAUUUAAGACAGAGUUGGACCAAAUGCGUCUCCUUGGGAACCACACAAACAUCAUUGGGCUCGUGGGAUCGUGCAACCUUAAUGGUCAAAUGGCAAUACUGAUGGAGUACGCGGAGAUGGGGAACUUGUUGUCAUAUCUGAAGGAGAAGUCGGCGAAGCUGGAGAACUACGUUAGUGUAAGUGCAGAUGGAGCUAUCGCCGAGGAGAAGUCUCGCCAAAUCACGGAGGAGACUGAGCUGAUGCUGUUUGCUUGGCAGAUCGCCAGGGGCAUGGCGCAUCUAGAAUCUCUCAAGUGCGUACAUCGGGAUCUCGCUUCGCGGAAUGUCCUCAUUGCAGCGGGGCCAAUCGCUAAGAUCUCUGAUUUCGGCCUCACACGUGACGUGUAUGAAAAUGGCUACUACUUCAGAACAUCAAAGGGUCGUCUCCCCUACAAGUGGCUGAGUCCGGAGGCGUUACUAUGGGGUCAGUACAACAACAAGAGUGACGUGUGGUCAUUUGGCGUCCUUCUGUGGGAGAUCGCCACCCUGGGAGGAAGCCCCUACCCCGGGGUGCCUGCUGACCACCUGUCGGAGCUCCACAGAACAGGCUACCGCAUGCCCCAGCCUCCCAACUGUCCAGACAAACUGUAUGGAAUUAUUAAUGCCUGUUGGAAUGAAGAACCCAGACAGAGGCCGCCAUUCCACAGACUGACUGAGAUUCUUGACCAGCUGCUUCUUGGAGUUGCAGAGCGGGAAUACCUCGCACUGGAGAGUGUCCCCAAACAGGAGAUGUUCCACUCGUCGCAGACGAAAUCAGCUGAUACGAUCGUCCGCAUAGAAAAUACCAAAGGAGCUGUGGGAAUGACUAGCGUGGACACAAGCGACACGUCAACUUCCGGUUACUCCAGUUCGCAGGCUGGUUUUUAUUCCUGAAGUAUUUCUGUAAACAGGCUCCACGAAACGAUUUACGUACUUACGAUUCGCUACGGUGGUUCGCUUUGAAACAGUUGCUUCACAUUAACAUCGACACAGGUGUGAAACUGUAGCUUAAAGGCCAUGUACAGGUUUGGACAGACAGCAUAACAUUGAUGUCGUCGACAGGAAACGGGUGUUCAAGUUGCCUUAUGGGUAAAACAGUCUCUCGUCACGUGGAAACUACAGGUUUGAUUCUGCAUAUAUGGGUACAGUGUAAUGUGUCCGAACUUUGUGUGUGCUCCGCUGAGAUAUCGCUGGAUCAUUGCUACAAAACCUACUCACUAACGCGAUAGAAAAAAAAACAACUUAUGUCCAUAUGUCAGAACUCAUUUGUGAGAGUUUGAUGUGAGAUUUGUUUUAGAUUUGUAUGGACUCAUCUCUCAUGUGAUAUCACAUUGGUCAUUAUGUUCUUUGUACCGCGAAGAGGCCGCCUUUAACCAGGUUCUGCCUACAACAUAUGUGGCCUUUGUGACAUUUGGCACUUAUAUGGCUGGAACCCAGGAACUGCCAGAUAGACAACUUCAUCAAGUGUGUAUAUUGAUGGAAUAUUGAUUGGAGAGGUCACGGUAGUCCUGCUAGCGUGUUUGGUAGAGAGGGUCCCGCCUUUAAGACUUUUUACUGAUGCAAGAACUGACCUGUGGUAACCUUGUAACUUUGUCUAUGAGUGUGUAACUGUACUUUUCGAACAUCGUCAAUACUUUACGGGUUUACAUAAGAUAGCUAAGCUGUAAAUCGCAAAGAACAACGAAGAACGAAGUAUGUUUUUUUCACGAUAAAACAUUGUUCUAUCAUGACGUCAUUUCUGGAGAAUCGAACUCGCAACUCGCAACUUGAUGACGUCGUAUGUUUGACGACGUUAUUUCUGAGAGGGGAGUGUCUAGUGAGUAGUACCCCAUAGAUGUAGCAGGGCAACGCAGGUAAACGCGAUGGCCGAACUAUCGCAUCCAAAACCGGGAUAGAUUUGACAUUUGGUAAUAGGAGAAAAGGUACAGAUAAUCGAUGUGACGAUUUACCAACAUCUUUAAAGAGGCUGUACAUAAUGUUCAUAUCUCACAUAUAAAAAUAAACGAGUCGUGGUCGUUGAUUAUCGUACAAUGAAUCACUCAAGGGAGAAUAUACCACUCGGGGCAGCGACACUCCCCGUUUAUUCCCCAUGUAGUGCUUUGUUGUACGAUUUGUACUCAUCGUUUAUAUCUUUAAUACACACGUAUACACGUUCCUCUCUACAAACGCAGUGUGACCGCUGUUUGUAACUACCGAAUCAAGCUACGGUCUGGUUCGACAAAGUAACCAGCGAGUUGACCAAUCAGCGCUCUGAUUACAUCGCACAUCGCACAAAUGGCAAUAUUUCUUGUGCAACAUGGGGGAACGUAUUUUAAACAAACCCAUGAUAUUUUGACGAUCGUUUCCCAUAGGAUAACUGUCAUAAAAUAUGCGAGAUGUUCUCGUGUCAAUGCACUCUGCUUAAAGCAGAGACUUUUUGGAUUAUGGAAAGGGGUUUGUCCCUUUAAAAUGUGCCAUCACCAACACUGGCCGAGAAGAUGAGUUUUCCCUGUCACGUGGUAUGAAUGUAUCAGAGAGAUGAAGAUGAAGAUGAAGGGAGUGUGAUAUAUUAACUGUAUAUACAUAUUGGUAUAUCUACCAACUGGUUUGUUAGUUCAGAUUUUACGGAGUGGUUUUUUUAUGUAUCCUUGGGGACAUUUCUGACGAGAGACGACUGUUGUUGUAUAUAGGACCAGUUGUCUGACACCGACAAUCAUCUGAAGGACAUGGUCAUAUGUUGGAGCAAUACACUGGAGGACAUCCAGGCAUGGGAACAAUAAACAUUUCAACGUACAAAGCUGAUGGAGUUCCAUGCUUUGCUUCGCGCAAUGUUUCUCAAAGUGUUUGUUUGUUGAACCUUUUUUAAAGCUUGUUGCCUUAUACAUAAAAUAUCUAAAACCAG